AAAGAUCUUAAAGCAGAGGGGUAUCAGUUUCUAUAUAAAAAGCAAAAAUAUGCUCCAUCACCAAAAGAUACUCCACAGACAUUAGCAGAGAUGCUAUACAAAGUUCAAUCCGCCGUUGAAACUAUAUCUGGGAAUCCUAAAUUAAUAAGGGCAUGGGUUAAACAUUUACCAAAU